AAUGCGUGGCCAACCGGUCCGAACCCAACUCGGAUCGUUCCGGUAAACGCAAGAAAACCGAAAUCCGGCAGAUGGAUUUGCGCAUUUAGACCACUCCCUCCACCGUCCCCUUUCUUUCUUCUUCCCCUCUUCCCAGAUCCCGCAAAUUCUUCGACCCGAUCUCCGCCGCCCUCGAAUCGAAUCACCGAGGGAUGCCCUCCGCCCUCGUCGGCGGUGCCGCCUCCCUUCCCUCGGAACGCUAACCCUAACCAUAACCCUAAUUCUAAACCCCUAAACCCCCCUCUCGCCGCCGGUCAGGAUGAUGUCCGACGAGCCCUUCGCCCGUCACCGCGCCUUCAUCUCCUCCUCCGCGAGCGCCCCCGCCUUCCCCACCUUCUCUUCCCCCCCCGCCGCCGCCGACCACCGGAGCCCCAGCCCCAACCCCACCCUACUCCGCCCCUCCCCUUCCUCCUCCUCCGCCGCCUCCUCCUCCUCCGCCUCCAAGAACCGCCUCCACUCCCCUCCCUCCUUCGCGCACAACUCCCGCGUCGCCCUCGCCCUCGCCCCCGCUUCUGCCUUCCUCCUUGACCUCGGUGGCGCCCCCGUCCUCUCCGUCGUCGCCGCCGGCCUCCUCCUCGCCUACCUCCUCGACUCCCUUCGCCUCAAGUUCGGCGCCUUUUUCGCUGUCUGGUUCUCCCUCGUCGCCGCCCAGCUCGCCUUCUUCUUCUCCGCCUCCCUCCACUCCGCCAUCUCCUCCCUCCCCCUCACUGCCCUCGCCCUCCUCCUCUGCGCCGAGACCACCUUCCUCGUUGGCGUCUGGGCUUCCCUCCAGUUCCGAUGGAUCCAGAUCGAGAACCCCUCCGUCGUCCUCGCCCUCGAGCGCCUCCUCUUCGCCUGCAUCCCCGUCGCCGUCCCCGCCCUCUUCACCUGGGCCGUCGUCUCCGCUCUCGGCAUGGCCAACGCCGCCUACCACUUCAUGGCCUUCUCCUGCGUUUUCUAUUGGCUCUUCUCCCUCCCCCGCCCCUCCUCCUUCCGCUCCGGCAAGCAAGACCCCGCCGCCGCCGGGGAUUCCCAGAUCCUUGGCCCCCUCGAGAGCUGCCUCCACACCCUCUAUCUCCUCUUCGUCCCCCUCCUCUUCCGCAUCGGCUCCCACCAUUCCACCAUCUUCGCGUCCUUCUCGUCCGUCUGCGAUCUCCUGCUCCUCUUCUUCAUCCCCUUCUUGUUCCAGCUGUACGCGUCCACGAGGGGGGCGCUGUGGUGGGUCACAAAGGACGCGCACCAGAUGCACAAUAUCCGGGUCGUCAAUGGAGCAGUUGCGAUGGUGGUGGUGGUGAUCUGCCUCGAGGUCAGAGUUGUCUUCCAUUCGUUUGGGAGGUACCUGCAUGCCCCGCCCCCGCUGAACUAUCUUCUUGUGACGGUGGCGAUGCUUGGAGGGGCAUCUGCUGUGGGAGCUUAUGUUGUUGGUAUGGUCGGGGAUGCUUUCAGUUCAGCGGCCUUCACUGCUGUGUCCAUUCUAGUUAGCGGAGCGGGUGCUAUAGUUAUUGGGUUCCCAAUAUUGUUCAUCCCACUUCCAUUGAUUUCCGGCUUCUAUCUAGCUCGAUUCUUUACGAAGAAAAGCUUGUCGUCAUACUUUGCCUUUGUGACAUUAGCAAGCUUGAUGGUUCUAUGGUUUGUUGUACAUAACUACUGGGAUCUCAAUAUCUGGAUUGCUGGCAUGCCUUUGAAACCCUUCUGCAAGUUGAUAGUUGCAAGUGUAUUGAUGGCAAUGGUUGUUCCUGGUUUGGCACUUCUUCCAUCAAAACUGCGCUUUUUGACUGAGCUUGGUCUUAUUGGUCAUGCAUUGUUGUUGUGUUACAUAGAGGAUCGCUUCUUCAACCAUACCACAAUAUAUUAUUUUGGAUUUGAUGAUGAAGUGAUGUAUCCAAGUUACAUGGUUUUGACAACAACAUUUUUGGGCUUGGCUCUAGUGAGGAGGUUGUCUGUGGAUCAUCGGAUUGGACCAAAAGCUGUCUGGAUACUGACUUGUCUAUAUUCUUCAAAGCUAGCGAUGCUAUUUAUUACAUCAAAAUCAGUUCUGUGGGUGUCAUCUGUUCUGCUUUUGGCUAUUUCCCCACCAUUGCUUCUUUACAAAGACAGGUCUAAAGGAGCUUCGAAAAUGAAAGUCUGGCAAGGUUAUGCUCAUGCAUGUAUUGUAGCUUUGUCUGCCUGGUUGUGCAGGGAAACAAUCUUUGAAGCUCUUCGAUGGUGGAAUGGAAGGCCUCCAUCAGAUGGUUUGCUUUUGGGUUCCUAUAUUUUGUUAACAGGAAUCGCUUGCAUACCAAUUGUUGCUCUUCACUUUUCCCAUGUCCAGUCAGCAAAAAGAUUCCUUGUGCUCGUGGUGGCUACAGGUCUUCUAUUUAUCCUUAUGCAGCCUCCUAUUCCUCUAUCAUGGGCAUUCCAGUCAGACUUGAUAAAAGCAGCACAUAACUCUUCUGAUGAUAUUUCAAUAUAUGGCAUUGUGGCUUCCAAGCCUACAUGGCCAUCAUGGUUGCUCAUAGCAACAAUCUUACUUACAUUAGCAGCUGUCACCUCCAUCAUUCCUGUCAAGUAUAUUGUUGAGUUGAGGACAUUUUAUGCAGUUGGAGUCGGAGUGACAUUAGGCAUCUAUAUUUGUGCAGAAUACUUCUUCCAGGCAGUAAUUCUGUGCCCCCUUCUUGUUGCAACCAUUGUUUGCGCUUCUGUCUUUGUAGUCUUCACUCACUUUCCAUCUGCAUCAAGUACAAGAGUCUUGCCAUGGGUAUUUGCUUUACUAGCAGCCCUCUUCCCAGUGACAUAUUUACUGGAAGGACAGCUUAGAGCCAAGAGCACUGAAGAAGGGGAAGAAGCAGCCAAGUUCACUACUAUGCUGGCAGUUGAAGGGGCAAGAAUGUCACUUUUGGGUCUCUAUGCCAUGAUAUUUAUGCUGAUUGCAUUAGAGAUCAAAUUUGAGCUGGCAUCGUUGUUGCGUGAGAAAGCCCUUGACAGAGGUGUUGCACCAAGUCAGUCUGGUCAGAACUCUGGCUUCCCACCAAAACUGAGGCUCAUCCAACAACGGAGGGCAUCAGCUGCACCAUCAUUCACAAUCAAGAGGUUGGCAGCUGAGGCUGCUUGGAUGCCUGCAGUGGGCAAUGUCUCUACAGUUCUGUGCUUUGUCAUCUGCCUGAUACUUAACAUGCAUCUCACUGGUGGCUCUAAUCGUGCAAUAUUUUUCCUUGCACCAAUCCUGUUGCUUCUCAACCAGGAUUCCGAUAUAUUUGCAGGCUUCGGGGACAGGCAACGAUAUUUUCCAGUGACGAUGGCUGUCUCUAGCUACUUGGUCUUGACUGCCUUGUACAGGAUAUGGGAGGAAGUCUGGCACGGAAAUUUUGGAUGGGGACUUGAGAUUGGUGGACCUGGAUGGUUUUUUGCUGUGAAGAAUGCUGCGCUUCUUAUUCUCACCUUACCAAACCACAUACUCUUCAAUCGCUUUAUGUGGGAUUAUGUGAAGCAGACAGACACAAUGCUACUGCUAACAGCACCUCUUAAUUUGCCAUCAAUCAUUAUAACAGAUAUAGUUACGGUGAGGGUUCUAGGAGUAUUAGGCGUUAUUUAUUCUCUUGCUCAGUACUUGAUAUCAAGGCGUAUAAGAAUUGCAGGAAUGAAAUAUAUAUGAAGCAGGUUUGGUCUGCACAAAGAGGUUUCAACCACACUUUGAUAUCUUGGAGCUCAAAACCUUUUUAGUUUCUUUUUCUUGGUGAGGAGAGCCAAAUUCCUCUGGGAAUUUGUCUUGAUGGACAAGUAUAUGGGUAUCAAAGGAGCUUGUAUUUUAAGCUGGGUAGAAAGGUGAAAGAUAACCUGUUUUGUUCGAUCCUGAUAGUUCUGAAGGUGUGGUUUAGUGUAAACUUAAGAACCAUAUACUGAGCCAAGAUGUGCUUCGCAUCUUUACUUUGAUCCGCCAUUAGAAAGGGGUGUUUUUGGUGCUUUUGCUUAUAUUACAGCCCAAGUUGAAGUGGCUUACCUAUUUUUCUAUACUGGCAUUCUUUUUAUCAAAGUAAAUUAUAUAUAGCAGAUCAUGAGGAAAGAGAGCGAUUUCUCGCA